GAAAACUUGCUUCGUUUGGCUGUGUACAUAACUUGCUGCUACACGGACACCAGUAACUGGGUGCAGCAUAUUGAUCUACGAACUUGUGUUAUCAAAGAAAAACACAUUAGUGCCCGAAUUAAUUAUGGGGACCAAAGUGGUCCAGCUCACGUCAAGUUUGCAUCAUGAGCACAUUCUGGCUUCUCUGCAUGACCUGAGGCUGCAAGGUCAACUGAGUGACGUCACAGUGCGGGUCGACUAUCAGGGAGAUGUGCAGGAGUUUCCGGCCCACCAGGUGAUGCUCGUUGCAUCCAGUGGCUACUUCAAGAAGAUUCUUCUGUGUCCUGAUGCAUCCCGAGAUAAAUUGUCGCUCUCAAAUAUGCACUCUGAUGAUUUCUCAAAGUUCUUGGAGUUUGCGUACACUGGUAAAGUUGAAGUUGCCAGAGACAGGAUAGGUGAUGUUCAAGCAGUGGCUGAGUUUUUGGAUUGUGAGGAUCUAUUGGAGGUUUGCGGUGAUGCCAUAAGUGCAGGAAUUAUGCAAAAGCCCAAAAGGAAACGCUCACAAUUUGUAGCUGCAGAUGAUGUGCAUGGUGCUGAUAAAGACGAAACGGCCAAAGGGAAGAAGCAACGUGGAAACUUACUUCUUAAGCGGCAACUCUCACCGCAGACGCCGGCGACAGAAGUCAUUUCAAAAAGAGUCGAUGAAAAUAAUACAGCAAAGGAUGAAAAAAGGCGAGGAAGAAAGCCAAAACUGUCUCCACGUAAGGUGCCUCAAAUGCAUUUGUGUACUAAAAUAGAGCCUUUAAACAGCAAAAACAAAGUUCCUGAUGAAGGUACAGAGGAACAUGAGAACAGGACUAAAGCCGAGGCUCAGCCAGAGACUGAGAAAGACAAAGGAGAUGCAGCUUCACAUCACUCUGAUGAAGAUGACUGGGGAUGUGAGGAUGACGCGCAGAGUAAGGAGUCUGAGGAUCCUUUAUUUUUACCGCCUGGAGAGGAGGAAGAGGAGGGACAGUCCAAGCAGACAUUAAAACAACCAUCAAAGGCCCAGUUCCACUGCAACAAGUGCCAGCGGACUUUCCACUAUGAGAAAAGCUACUUAAAGCACAUCAGUACGUACCACGGCGUGAAAGCAGAUGUCGUUUAUCGCUGUGAGACCUGCUCGCAGACCUUUGCAAACCGCAGCAACCUAAAGAUCCACGAAAAGCACGUCCACAGCAGCGAGAGGCUUUUUGUCUGUGACUCCUGCACAAAGACCUUUAAGCGAAAGAAGGACGUCGUCCGCCACCAAAGACAGGUGCAUGAACGCAAUCUACGACAUAUCUGUCCUGAAUGCGGGAAAGCACUUAGCUCCAAAACUGCCCUGGUGUUGCACGAGAGGACACACACGGGCACAAAGCCCUACGAAUGCACCGACUGCGGGGCCAGAUUUACCCAGAACUCCGCCCUCAAGAUGCACCGCAGGACUCACACAGGAGAGAAGCCAUUUGCAUGUGAGAAGUGUGAUGCCCGGUUCACUCAGAAGCACAUGCUGGCCUAUCAUCAGCGAUCACACACAGGAGAGAAGCCAUUCAUGUGUGAAGCCUGUGGGAAAAGCUUUGCAUCUAAAGAAUACCUGAGACACCACUCAAACAUCCACACAGGCUUCAGGCCAUUUAAGUGUGGGCAGUGUGGUAGAGGCUUCGCUCAGAGGAACUCUCUGCACCAGCAUUUAAAAAUACAUACAGGUGAGCGUCCGUACAGCUGUAAAAACUGUGACAAACAGUUCACUCAGCUCAACGCACUUCAAAGGCACCAGCGUAUUCACACUGGAGAAAAGCCCUACAUGUGUGGCCUCUGUAAACGCACAUUUACAGACAAGUCCACCCUCCGCAGGCACACGGUGAUUCAUGACUCAGAUGCUCCGUGGAAGACCUACCUGGUGGUGCUGGAGGGAAAUGUGGAGGAAAAGAAACCCAGAUUUCCCACUAAGCCAAAGACCGAAAAAGCAGCAUCAGGAGAGAAAAAGAGCACAGCUAGAAAAAGUACUAGUGCUGCUGCUGCUGCUGCCGCUGAUGAUGAUGAUGAUAAAGUCCACACAGACUCCCUUGUGGUUCCGUCCGAGCCAGUCACUAUCCCUUCUGAGUGGACCAGUCAUGGAGCCAUUGCUCUGGUUAGCCACGGCACUAUUGGCGGGAUCACAGUCAUCCACACUGAGGUUUCACCAGGGACUCAGAUCCAACCCAUUGUAACCACUGAUGGCACAGGGGCCAGUGUCAUUUCAGCCGUCCCUUUUCCCUUCUCUUUACCAGUGUCCGUGGCUCACACUGUCCCUUUAUCCUCUGAAGUUCCCUCUACUUCUCUGUCUGUUCCCACUCUCUCAGUUCCUGUUUCUGAUGGGUUUUUAGCAUCAGUCACAGAGAUCCCAACUGUUUCGACAUCGUCUGUGCUGGAAGCUGCAGCUUCGCAAACUAUUUUGGCUCCAGUUUCAGACUCUAAAGCCUCUUCUGAGACAGAAUCUCUGCCUCCAAACAUUCAGACUGUGGUUGUUGGUGAGAAGAAUCGUGGAAAAAGAGUGAACAGACACUCUCCAAAGUGAUGGGCGGCAAAGGACAGCAGAUGAUCCUGUAACUGAACCUAAGACCUCAGAUCGAGGUGCAUGUAAAUAGCUAAUUCUAUUGGGUUUAGGGAAUCUGACAACCCCCCACCCCAAAAAAAAAAAAAAAAGAAAUUCAUGUUAUUGUGUGUAUAGAAGUGUACCAGUUUGUGUUUCACUUUUUGUCAGUCAUUUUAAUAUCAGGGUUCAUUUAAAAUCAAAUUACAGAUGUAAAGCUAAGGUGAAAUUAAUAUAUAGUGUGAAAUCUUAAGUACAUAAUAAGACUGUAUUCAACCAUGUUAAAUAUCUGGUUUAGUGCAUUAUGUAUGUUUUGGUAUUAUUAACAAACACGCUUCACAUCCAAAUUAUUACUGAGAUGUUCUGGACAUUUUCAGAAAUCCUUUGCAGCUGUGGAACAGCAACAUAGUUUUGAUCAUUUAUUUUAAUCUGAAUGAAAUUGCUUAAAACCUUCAAAAUCCUGGCACUUUUCUGUGUGAAACUACUUCUGUGAGCAACAGCAGUUGUGAUAAGGAACUUAGAGCUGAGACGAUUUAAAUAAAAUCAUAAAAAAUGA